GCAUGCGUAAUUCUCACAGUCUGCUUCUGCACUUGCAGAUUUGAGUAGCCGAGUUCGAUUCAGCAGCUUAACUUUGUGCAGUUCCAACGAAAGUUAUGUUAUUGUUUAAGGGUACUCAUUAUACAUGCUUAUGAUUAUGUUUCGGAAUAUUGAAAAUAACAAACAGCAAAAUCUACUUAUCUCGAAGCGUUAGCAUGGUUGUUUUUCCAGCUCGCUAGCUGGACAACGCAGAGCAGCGUGGUGUAUUGAACAAACAUAUCUCAGUAUUUUCUUUAACUAUCUUAAAAUGGUUAAAUGCCCCCUAUGGUUUAAAAAAAAUUAAUCGACUCCUUUUAAAAGUAAUGUUUCCAACCUCAAGACAAGAACCUGUAAUUCGUGAAAAUCAGUCAGCGAUUGAACGUGUUUAGCUUAUGUGAUAAUGUGACUGCGGUCUUGUAAGAAAAAAUAAUGGACAGAGACUUGUUGAAGCAGUGUCUGACUUAUCACGGAGAGUCACUGUUUAACAAAUUGAAAUGUGAACAAACGGAAAACCCAGACUUUCAGGCUGUGGUGUCUGACCUAUCUAAAGCCACGUAUGAAAGCAGUGCUGAAAAGCAAGGCAGCCAACUGGUGGAGCAGUUUAUUGCCAGGAAAGCCGACAUCCUUUUCUGCCCAGCAUGGAAGACUGCAACUCCUCAAAAGCAAGAGCACGAAGAGGAGGAGGCUGCGGAGCCUUAUGCUGUUAUGCCACCAGUGGAGUUAUUCAUGGAACUGUCAUAUGAGGAGAGAAGAGCCAUGAUUUACAGGGACUUGGAGAAAGGAGACAUUGUGGUGGGAAGGAUCAACAAUAUUCGUGAAUAUGGCUUCUUUCUCACUCUGCUUUGCAUGGCAGGCGGUCUCAAGAGAGAUAUAGAGGACCUGGAGUUGUCGGCUCUGUGUCAUGUUCGAGAAAUUCCCUCUACUGGCAGUCAUGAUGAUCCCCUGUCCUACUACCAGAUUGGGGACAUUAUCAGAGCUGGAGUGAAAGACAUUGACAGAUACCAGGAAAAGAUCACAGUGACCCUCCAUCAGACCUCUCUUUCUACCAGCCUGGAGCACAUCAAACUAGGUGUCAUCACCAAGGAGGAACUACCCAUACACUACAAUCGUAGCCUCCGUGUAGCCGCUGACUCUAGCAAGACAUACGAAUGUAUACUGAGAAGUUGUCACGGUUACCAAAACCCCUCAGUAGUGGACUACAUGCUGGAGAAGGUGGGAAUCAGUGACACUCACCCACCAUCAAUGAUGCGAGGACUACAGAGUAAACUUUUCCAAGAGGAGGAUUUUGCUUCUGUAAUCAGGAAGAAGCAGUCUGCAUCCUGGGCCUUGAAGUGCGUCCGUGCAGGUGUGGACCACUUCAAACAUGGCCGUCAUGUGGAAGCCAUGAACGAAUACAACAAAGCCUUGGAGAUUGACACUAAUAAUGUGGAAGCGCUGGUGGCACGAGGAGCUCUGUAUGCUAACAAGGGCAGCAUCAUGAAGGCCAUAACAGACUUUGAACUGGCUCUGGAAAACUGUCCGGAUCACCGUAACGCCAAGAAAUAUCUCUGCCAGACGCUAGUGGAGCGAGGAAAACAGCUUGAAGAACAGGAGAAACUAGUAACAGCUGAGGGACUGUACAGGAGAGCUCUGACUCUCGAUGACUCAAACCCUGAGGCGAAGGAGGCCCUGCACAACAUCACAGAUACCAUACAGAAAUCAAUUCGUCUGAGAGAAGAAGCGCUUGCCAAGGAGCAGGCAAAAGAUAAAGACAAAGACAAGAGUGGCCCGACCAGUGCUGAAAAAUUACGUAAGAUCCUACAAGAGGAGAAGAGGAUGAAGAAGAAACAGAAGCGAUCAGGCUCCUCAUCUUCCUCACCUUCCUCCUCUAGGAGCUCUUCUUCUUCAUCAUCGUCUCGCAGAAGGUCCAAAAAGAAAAAAAAGAAGCGAAGGAAAUCUGAGCGUGGAAGUAAGCGCCAUCGUAGGGAUAGCAAAAGGAGUGAUGAGAGUAAGAGUGAGAGAGAUAGAAAGGAGCAAGAGGAGGAUGAGGUGGAGUGGAUUCCUGCACCUCCCAACACCUCCGCUACUUUCCUCAACCAGAGGGGUGGCCCUAUGUUUGAAGGAGAGAAUUAUGAGGGGGAGGAAGGGAGAGACAAAGAAGCUAGAAGGAUCAAUCAGUUGUAUUCAUUGUCAGCAGCUUCAGAGGAGGAAGAGUCUGACUCCUCACGGAGAGAAAAGAGAAAGGACAGAAGGGAGAGCUGGACGAGAAAGAGCAAAAGCCCGUUAAGAGAAGAGAGGAGGGGCAGGAGUAGAGAAGGGAGGGAGGACAACAGGAAAGACAGGAGAGGCAGUGACUCCAAGAGAAGGAGCAGCUUAGAGGAGAAUCCAACACGAAAAUCAUCCUGCUCAUCAGCUGAGGUGGAGUAUUACCAGAAAUCUAGUUUCCGAUCUGAAUAUUCAGGAAGCUUUGGUUCUGCUUCCAAACAUCUGGAGAACAGAGUGAGACACGACUCUUCCACGAGGAGCUCCUGUGACGGGGGUAGGUACGAGAACAGGUGGAGGCAGGAGGGAGAAGAGGUAGGCAGAGAGAAGGAAAGUAGACAGAGGCGAUCAGACGAAGAGAGCGGCGCAUCCCAUCAAGGGCAAAGUAAAAAAUCAGAGAGUGCUGGAAAUCAUAACGGACAGAGUACUGGGGGGGGUAAAAAACACCUCCCCGCCAACCUGCUGAAUAUUUUUAACCAGAUUGAACAGUUUGAGAAAGAAAAAGGAGUCAAGCCAAAAAAAUGACUCCAGGAAAAAAAGUACAUCAUCCCCCAGGUGUUGCUGAAGAGAGAUUAAAGGGAUGCUCAUACAGUGAAAUCAUUCUCUGGACUGUGAAUCAAAACACACACCAGUGGCCAAAUUUAUUGCUGUUUGAAUGUCCUCAGAAGUUAAUGUCUUCUUCUUUCUGGUAGAUUUAAGGCCUGCUUGUAGCUGCACUGCUUGCCAUAUAUCAGCUUGUCACACUGUAAUAAAAUGUAAAUCUUAAAGGUUCAAAAUACACUUUGAAUUAAUGACAGUUUUUAUUAUAUUAAUAUUCAAACUUUUAGUCAUUAAGCCUUUUCAAGUCUGUUAUCUCCAACUUAAAGGAUCACUUAUUGAACAUUUUUUUCAAGUUAUUACAAUUUGCAGCACAGGCUUUAAAAUUUCUUUGUUAUGACUUUUUACUGUUAAUGAAGAAAACUGCCUUAUGUUUACUUCCAUGUCAGUGUUUUCUGGUCUUUCUCAAACAACCCAUCUGUUUGAUGUACUUGGAUGCUUCGUCUACGUGCCCACAGCUGAACCAAUAAAGCAUUUAAAAUGUUGAACUUAA